CUUACUUGUUUCGGCUGUAGGCCUACCAUUUUUAAGCGUUUACAGAUACAAUGAGCAAUAAUCAAAUAGUCCAGCGAGUGCUUGACUUAGCUCUGAAAGGAGAGACGGAGAAACUACAAAACUGUAACAUCAACUGCAGAAAUAGAUAUGGUAUUUCAGCGCUGAUGAUAGCUGUUAUGAAAAAUAACCUUCUGGCCUUAAAGACGUUGAUAUCUGCAGGCGCCGAUGUUAAUUUAACACGUAACAACUCCAGGUUCAUUACAGCACUGACCAUAGCCGUCGAACGACAGCAAGUUGAGUGUGUUAAAGAAUUAAUCAAGGCUGGAGCUUCCUUGGCCUGUCAGAAAGCCAUCGAUGCUUUAAAGAUGGCGAAAAAUUAUAACUUCCUGCAUUUGGUUGUUGAAAGAUAUCGUGGAUUUACUGAUCAUUCGGAUCAUAGUCCUUUGACACCGUUUUACUUAGCUAAUCAACAUAAAUGUUUUGAUUUGCUUGUCGAUUUAAUUAAUGGCGGAAGUGCAGUCGACAUAGAAUCACUACAAUUUGAAGAUUUUAUUAGACCUGAUAUAUUUAAUGCACUGAUUCGCUCAGGUAAAGUCGAUGUAAACAAACAAUAUUGAUACGGAAAAACUAUACUCAUGAAAGCUGUUGAAACAAAUAAAAUAAAUAUUGUAAAAUUUCUUCUAGAAAAGAGAGUAAAUAUCAAUCAAGAAGACUUUGAAGGAAAUACAGCUCUUCAUUUCGCAUACGGAGGAAAGUCUGACAUAGUUAAAUUACUUGUGGAAGCGGGUGCUAAGCUUUAUGUAAAAAACAAAGAAGGAUCGAUGCCUCUUCAUGUUGCAGCUGAUAAAUCAGAUACAGAAAUGAUUGAGUUACUGAUCAAUGCAAAAGUUGAUAUACAUUGUUUGGGCAGAUAUGCAAAAACAGCGCUAGAAAUAUGUGUUGAAAAAUCAGAUUUAAAUACAACAACAUUACUCCUACAACAUGGGGCUGAGGUAAAUAUUAUUAACAGGAGAGGAAUUACCCCCCUUAUAUAUGCAGUUAUUAAGGAAGAUGAGAAGCUGGUAGAUAUUCUAAUUGCUCACAAGGCGGACUUGAACUUUGUUGAUCCUAAUCAAAAUACACCAUUAAUAAAUGCUGUAUUAAAAGGAAACAAAAGCAUUGUGUCACUUUUAAUUAAAGCAGGUGCUAAUGUUAACGCAGCAUCCACACGCCAAUAUUACCACGAAACACGGGAUCUAAACAAGCUGUUUUUAAAUGAGGUACGUGGCACUCAACUUUAUUCACCUAAGCAUGAACAUAUUCCUAUAAAUGAGUUAGUAAGAGACGAAUCUGUUUCCAACGUAUAUUAUCUUUACAAACGUAAUGAAGGCGAGGAGGAGAGAGCCGACGUUGAUUUAACAACACGUACACAUACCCCAUUACAUAUAGCUGCACAAUCUACUCCUACGAUUGUUCAUUUACUUUUGGAGGCAGGGGCGGAUGUUUAUGUCACUGAUGAACAAGGAAGGACGCCUUUACACAUUGCAGCUAUAUAUGGGAAUUUGAGUGUCGUAAAGGAAUUGUGCCAAUUUGGUGCUAAUAUAAAUGCCGUGGAUACAUUUAGAAACAGCCCGCUAUUCUUUUCUUUACUGUAUAACUACAAGGACAUUUACAAAUAUCUGAUUGAGUCUGGAGCUGAUGUUAACGUGAUGUGUGAUUCACAAUGCUCGCCUCUAUACGCUGCAGUCGUUCAUAACAAUUUAGAGCUCGUUGAACUAAUGAUGAAUCAUGGCGCUCUGUGUGAUAAGGGUAAAAGAUCUGAGCUAUUGAUGGCCCUGAGCCAUGCAAAUACAGACAUGUCUGUCAUGUUACUAAAACAUGGGGCUAACCCGAACGUUAAAAACAAUGAUGAGACUCCCGCGUUGAUGCUAUGCUUGAGACUUAUGAAAUGCGGCAGUUUGUCAGUGAAGUAUAUUACUGCAGCGGACAUCUGCUUGCAUAGGCUAAGGCUGUUUUCGACAGGUCGUAAGCGCGAGUAUAGCCCGUACACUGGCUUCCAGUCAGUUGAAGAUUCAUACGAGACACCUAAAAAAGUUUUCAUCUGUGAUACACAAAGUUCAAAAAGAAAAACCCUAACGCUAAUCAAGGCGAUGCUUGACCAAGGUGCCAACGUUUCAUCUACAGAUAAGAACGGCAACUCAUGUCUGCAUGUGGCCGCAGCGUCUUGCAGUAAAUAUAUUCUGGGGUCGUUUCUAAUCCACAAGGCGAACGUAAAUCAUCAGAACAAAAACGGUGAAACGCCGUUAAUGGUAGCCUGUAUGAGUGGUAAUGUCGAGACGGCUAAAAUACUUCUCAGGGUAGGGGCUAAAGUGUUCUUGGUUGAUAAAUUAAGGAACACAGCAUUACACCACAGUGUAAGAAACCUAAGUGGAUUACUUCCCUUGGUGAAAUUGGUUACAUCCUACAAAAAAAUACGAUCUGAUGCGAGACAACAGGCACAGAAUGCAAAGGCCAGAGCAAGUACUUGCGGCUCUAGCAGUAAUGUGCAGCUAGAUGAUUCUGUUAAUGCACCAGCAAGUACUUGCGGCUCUAGCAGUAAUGUGCAGCUAGAUGAUUGUGUUAAUGCACCAGCAAGUACUUGCGGCUCUACCAGUAAUGUGCAGCUAGAUGAUUGUGUUAAUGCACCAGCAAGUACUUGCGGUUCUAGCAGUAAUGUGCAGCUAGAUGAUUGUGUUAAUGCACCAGCAAGUACUUGCGGCUCAAGCAGUAAUGUGCAGCUAGAUGAUUGUGUUAAUGCACCAGCAAGUACUUGCGGCUCUACCAGUAAUGUGCAGCUAGAUGAUUGUGUUAAUGCACCAACAGCCGCUGAAGUAGAUGCAAGAAGUAAACUUCUAAUCAAUAGGACCAACGUUGAUGGAGAAAAUGCACUUCAUAUGGCAUGCCUUUUAGGACACAUAAACAUCGUCAUGUUUUUGAUUGGGGAAAAAUGUAAGAUCAAUGCAAGAAGUACACUUGGGGAAACACCAUUAAUGAUUGCGGUAGAAAAUUAUUUUGCAAAGAUUGCGAAAUAUUUGAUCGAUAACAAAGCAAAUGUAAAUAUAAAAAACAAUGAAGGUGACACAGUGUUACAUUUAGCUGUAGAACAUGGAUUACAUAACAAUAAUUAUAUGCUUCUACAUGAGUUAGCACAAAAGUCAGCAAAUAUCAACGAAACAAACAACGCAGGACGAACGCCACUUUUCUAUGCCAACAAUGCUCAAGUUGUCGAACUGCUGGUUGAGAAAGGCUCUGAUGUUGACAUUCAGGAUAAAAAUGGAGAAACAGCUUUGCACUUAGCAACCAAACACGAUAAAUCAUCAGCGGUUUACCAAUUGAUAACUAGAGGGGCAAAUCUCGAUAUCACUUCCAAGACAGGUCUCACUGCUCUAAUGUACGCUGCUGAUAUUGGCAGCUUGCAGAUCCUUAAACAUCUGGUAAAUCUUGGAGCUGAUGUAAAUAUCAGAGACUGUGAGGGGAUGAACGCUUGUAUACACGCUUUUAACGGUUUAAGGAACAUAUAUGACCAAUAUGAUAUAGAGGAGUUCGAAGAAAUGAAUCGUUACAUAUCAGUGAAGGAGUGUCCCUUCGAUAUUCUAGUAUCUGCUGGUGCUGAUGUAAAUAUAACUGACAAUAAAAAUCGUUCUCUAAUUGUACACACUUUAUUAAAUAAUGAAACACACAAACAACAUAAAUUAAUUACAAAAUUUUUAAAACUUGGUGUGGAACCUUUGGUGCCCGAAGAGCAUCGAUAUUUAUUGAGAGAUUCGUCUUGUUAUAAGCAAACAUAUGGUCCAAAGAGUAUUUACAACAUAAAUAUGAAUGAAUCUCAGCAUAUGUUUCAGUUUUUUCUAAUAAAUGGAAUUGUAUUAGAUUUUACACUUAACACUUUCUGUAGUUACCGGGACUCAAAUAAUUUAAGAACCGCAUUUGGGAACGAUAAGUUGAAUUUCGUUCAGUUCUUAAUCGCUACCGGGUGCAUCUUUAAACGUGAUAAGCAGAGCCUUCUUCGCGAGAUUCGCCUGAGAGAUAAAACUGGCUUUGACUUAGAUUAUAACCACACAAUACAAUCUGAACUAGCUGCUGCCAGAAGAGAACCCUGGCCACUGGUCAAACUAGCUUUUAUUGAAGUCUCCACCUUACUUGGGACUGGACCUAUGAGAGAAGAAAAACUAAAACAGACCAAACUCCCACCAAGAUUACAGCGAACGUUGAUGUUUCAAGAACCAAUAUCAAGAUUACCUGUAGAAGACUGGUCUAAAAUACCUCUUUGUUUUGACCCAGUACAGUACGAGACUUUACCCUGUCCCAGACCUUUACUCUACUACUGGCCUGUUGGUCAUAGACUGGUUGUUUGAACGCAUCUAAAUAAACAUUAAAAGUUUUUUUUUAAAUCUCACGUCAUAUGUAAUAAUAUAAAUGAUUAAUUUGUGCUGUUUAUACAAAUCGUUAGUCGUUGAUUGUUUGAAAUUUAUAUCUUCAAAAUGUUUUAAAUUUUUUUGUAAUGUGCUUAGUAUAAGUAUACAGUUAUAUAAUGUGUUACACUUGAAUUAAAAUAUUGCCUGAUAAUUAUUUCUACAACUAUUGUAAUGACCAAAUGUAUAUAGUCUUAAGUUAAAUACACAUUCAACUAUUAGAAUAGCUUGAAACAUUAAGAUAGAUCAAACAUUGACAUGCAUGUUUAAAUAUGAGACACUAGCUGCAUAUCCUGGUCCCGCUACGGUAAAUCUAUUUUACAUGCACCAUCUUAGGAACAUAACAAAACUAAACACAAACAAAACAAAAACACAAACUCAAACACAACACAAACAAAACGCAAACACAAAAGAAAACACAAACACAAACGAAAACUGAAACGCAACACACAAAAACUAAAGAAAAAGCAAACGCAAAU